UAUCAACCAAUUUGGACAUUUGUUGGUGCUGGUAUUAAACCUUUUUCGGAUUCUGUUAAACCUACUGAAGCGGUAAUUCCAAAAAAAGCAGCAUGGAUUCAAAAAAAAGCCCAAAAAGUAGACCCUGAUAAUAAUUGUGUUUAUUUAGAAGAUGGUCAACAAUUAAAGUAUGAUUUUUUGGUAGUAGCACCAGGUAUUAAAAUCAACUGGGAUAAAAUUAAAGGAUUACCAGAGACGAUUGGUAAAAAUGGUGUUACAAGCAAUUAUUUAGAUACCACCGUUGAAAACACCUGGGAAUUACUUCAAAAAUUUCGAGGCGGAAAUGCUAUUUUCACAAUGCCAACUACACCUAUCAAGUGUCCAGGUGCAGCAAUAAAAAUAGCAUAUCUUGCUGAAGAUCAUUUUACAAAAAAGCAUAUAAGAGAAAAAACAAAUGUGAUUUACAAUACCGGGAUGGGGAAAAUAUUCAGUAUUGAGAAAUAUGCGAAUUCUCUUAACAGAGUUGCUAAAGAACGUAAUAUAAAAGUAAACACCUCGACUAAUUUGAUAGAAGUUCGUGGUGACAAAAAAGAAGCUGUAUUUAAAAAUGUUGUCACCGGUGAAGAGAACACCACCCAAUACGAUUUGUUACACGUAGUUCCACCUAUGGGCCCGCCAUCAUUUAUCGCUGAAUCAAAACUUGGUAAUGCUGGUGGUUGGGUGGAUGUGGAUCAGUAUACUUUACAACAUGUAAAAUAUCCAAACAUUUUCUCACUUGGCGAUGCAUCAUCUGCUCCCACUUCAAAAACUGCUGCUGCUAUUGCUGCUCAAUCAGCUGUAGUCAAAAAAAAUCUGUUAGACCUGAUUGCUGGCAAAUUUAAUACUGGCGAAGCUUCUAGAUACGAUGGUUAUGCUAGUUGUCCAUUAUUAGUCGGCAGAGAUAAGUUGAUAUUAGCAGAAUUUAGUGGAUACACUGCAACUCCUAUGGAAACUUUUCCUUUUGAUCAAGGCAAGGAAAGAUUUUCAACAUAUUGGGUUACUAAAGAGAUCCUGCCUGAACUUUAUUGGAACGGUCUUUUGAAGGGAACAUGGACAGAUUUUUCUGAUAAUGAAAUACUUUUAGAUAACGAUCCACUAAAAUCAGCUCUUGAUAUUUUUCCUGUUGAGAUAUGGAGUCAAAUAAUAUUUUACGCUUGUGAAAUUCCAACUCUAACUUCGCUAAUGCUUACUUGUGCACCGUUAAGAAAAUUGUCAAGAGAACCCUUGGCAAGGAAAAUGGUUGAGACGUCACCGUUGGAUAAACUUUAUUCAUUAACCAAAAAAAAUCAUCAAGAUUUGAAUGAUUUAUACGAAAUAGUGUUUAAAAUGCAUAAAUAUAUUGACAAAGUGGUCAUUGAUGAGAAUGUAAUGCCGCAAAAAUGGACUGACGACGUUUUUGAAUGGGAUGGUUAUAACGAAAAUUUGGAUGAGUGGGUAAAUCAAGAAAGAUUUCGAAAAGAAGUUGGUCGUAAAGGUAAAGCGAGAACAAAAGCUCAUAUCGAAUGGGAAAUUCGUGUGGAAAAUGAUACAAAAUGCAUUAAAAAAGAAUUAGCAAAGUGUUGGGCUAUAUCUGGUAAAAUGUUUCCAUUUAGUCAUGAAGUUAGAAAUCAAAGUAAACCACAUAGACCUAAUAUAGGUAAAGGAGAAGAAGAAUUUAAUCAUAAAAUAUUAACAUCACACGUCAAGCCAAGUCAUUUUAAUUCUGGAAGAGAUUUUGAAGGUUUAACAAAUGAUCUUAUAAUAACGGCAAUGAUUAAAGCUUUAAAAAAAUUUUAUCACAGUGAAGAAAGAGUAUUGAAAUUUCCCAAGGAAUUAAAUGGUUAUCAAAGAAAGCAAUUACAUCGUCAAGCUGAUUUACUCGACUUGAAAAGUAUGAGUUUUGGUGAAGGCGACGGAAGAUUUUUGGUAGUUAUGCGAUAUGACGUUGAAAUAUUUCAUUAA